UUGGUAUGGUCCAGUAUGUACAGGUGGCACUGGUCAGAAGCGGCUGUAGUAUAGUACGAACGUUCAUACAUGGCCUCUGCACACGCCAAUCAAACGGGAAAUGGGCGGGCUUAACAUCAUAUUCAUGCCGCCGGAAGGCGUUCAGCAAAACUGUUGGCGUCGGUCUGUAACAUGAGCGCUCCUUCAUAUUUCUGAAUAUUGGCAUCGUACAAGCGCCGUUAAAUGUGUGCAGGUAGAGAGAUGACGUAUCCAAUAUGAAAUUGCAUUUUCAUUGUACUUCAACCGGCACAUGUAUUAAACAAUCAAUGAAGACCUGUCCACUACGAUCGAAAGAAGACGCGCGCCGCGUUCGAAGAUAGGUUUAAGAUAGUGCUGGCACGGCGAUUUUCUGUUUAAAUGUAACAGUUUUUUGGAAAGGUUAUCAGUGCAGCGGCGGAUUUAUCGUUCGAAUCCUGACAGUUCUGAAAGGUUUGCUUAUUUGAUUAAGCGCACAUAGCUGUUGAUCAGUGGCUACCUGUGGCAGUCUGCAAUAAGCGCUCUCAAUCGCGCCGCUCGGUGCUACGGUGGAAUCGGAAUUUGUUACAGCCGCUCACCUUACGGCUGUUUUUUUUCCAACCGGCAGACACCAAUACGCAAAAGAUGUUGAUCUGACACGGUGUCGGCGCCGUAAAUAUUGUUUAUUUGGAAGUUGCCGGUUUCAAAAAUUCACUAUUCUAAGAUCCGCGUUCACACCCGGCCCGAGUAUAAUACGGAACCAGCGCUGCUUGCAGCAGUGCGAACUGGUGCGUGUGCGCCGGCGGUCGAUUUUACACUGACAGUUCGACGGAUGUGGCGGGCUUUAUUUUCAUCAUAAGAAGGACUUUACGGAUGCCUCCCAUGUCGACGGGAUCCGUACGCUCCAUGUCCCCUGCAAGCUAAUGUUUAUAAGUCGACUUAUCUGGAUAGUGGUCUUCCUUACUGUCUCAUCACUCUCUGCCGGUCUCCUAAUGGUGGAAAGCAAACCCCUCACCGUCCUCCCCUCCCCCCUGCCUACCGACGGCAGACUACGGCCGGUUACGGCGGCCCCCGCGACCAGCAGGAGUCCCUCCGCAGUGCUCUCACUCCGACAUUCUUCGAGGUCACCGCUUCACCGCGCUGAGCCGGAAGAAUCUAACAGUAUUAACAUCCACGCGGACGAUGACGAAGAGCACCAUCUGCGGCCAGUGGUCAUCCGGAAGUAUGCCCUGCAUAGCCGGUGUAGUGGGCGGAGUAUCCGUCUACUGCCCACCAAAUCCAACAUGGUCAGGGCCGACGCCCCCUCGACCAAUCCUUAUGCUCAACUUACAGUCCGAUCUGUCCGACCGGGAGAAGUCAGUAUUUCCAAUGAUAUCACCCGACUGUUCCUUUGUUUCAAUCGCCAAGGGAAACUGAUUAUGCGGCCGGAAUAUCGUGACAAAUAUUGCGGUUUUCACGAAUUAAAUCCAAAGAAAAGCCAUUUUGUGAUACAAUCCGCAUACAACAAGACCUGGUUUGUGGGAUUUGGUCGAGACGGCAACUCCCUGCGGGGAGCGGAGUACGUGCGCAAACUGGACAAGAAUCGUGGUUGUUACAACUUCAUGAAGUCCGGCGAAAAGGUCUACCAGAGCAUGUCGGACAUCUCCCACGAACGCACCGUCCAACAGCACAAUAAUCUCAAUCAACUGCUUGAUAAGCACCUCCCUAGUCGGAAGUUUUAUUCCACUGUAUACCCCGGCAGCCGGCAGGCGGCAGCACCGGUGACGACAGCAAGGAGAAAGACCACUUGAGACAUGCAAAUCUCAUUCUGGACCACGAAUACCAAAAAACAUUGGGGAAAUGGAAUCUCUAUAUCUCUCUCUCUCUUCUGAAUCUUGUAAAAUUUUUUUUUGCAAAAUGGACCAUUGCUCCCGGAAAAUGGUUCUAACAGUGCUCUGUGAUCGUUCCCUUGGAAAUGUCCAUCAAUGUUUGAUGGCUGACAUCCCCUGCAAAAAUGCGUUUUAACCGCAUAUUCGGCAUUGACCGCGAAAUCCUGCUUGGGCAUGGAUCGAUGGAUAGUGCAUAUUUACCACCGAAGUAUACAUUUUACCUCGCCAAUAUUCACACAUAUAUUCGCACAAUAUAUGCUGCACCUUUUUCCGUCCAAAGAGGAAUUACAUCUUCUGCCGGUUUUAUUGAUCCAGCCAGAAGUCGCUGAAGAUGGACAUUAAGUGUAUUUUUAUGGGCAGCGCGCAUGCCGAGUGGUGGGCAAUUUGAAUUGGGCGAAAACUCGUGCUUAUGCUGGCGGGCGCUUAUCAGACAUUUAUAUUAUGCCUACAGUGUUUGUCCACUUUGAAGCGUCAACAUAUCAGUGACCACGCGCGCCAGAGUAUUCGUGUAUAAAAUGUGCCGUCAUCCUUCAACGGCGGAUGUUGUGCUGAAAAGGCAAAUGAAAAGUCGGAUUUUAAGUGGGCACGGAUGCUGCAUUACAAAACCACAGAGAGUGAAAGACUGGACACUGCCAAGUAAAUCAACAUCAUUAGUUGUCUGUAUCGGUUGUUUGAUCAGAAUCGGCCACAUUAUGUGUCCAUCAUAUUACUGGCCCUGCGCGAAAGAUGCCUUGGAGUUUUCUCUCGUUUUCGUAUGAAUGUGAUUUUCACCUCCGAUAUUUUCCAUAACUGACACAUUCCACCGGACACGCAUACAUCAUUCAAACAUUUGCUUCACUGCGAUGCAGUGAUGCGAAAGAGAGAACGCAGAGAAAGCCAGUCUUAACUGACCACCGUCAAUGCAUUAAUUCGUACCUGUCCCGAUGCAUAUAUACGGCAGCAACAACGCGAGCACAGGAUGUUUAGAAAAGCCCAUAUUUGCCGGACGCCAACAAUAUUUGCUGCGACGGAGGAAUUGUCGUUUUUUGUUUGCUUUUUGUCUGCAGUCAUACCAAAAUGCUACGGAGCAUUUAAAUAUAAGGUUUUUUUGUGAAAUGUUAAGUUUAGUGUUUUUGUAAAUUAUCACAGGGUUGUUUUUAUUAUUUACGGCGCUACGAGGUUUUAAGGAUCUGUUUGUGUGUGCAGGUUGUUGUGCAGCUACCUCUCCUCGUUACAUGGUAUGUCGGCGUUGGUUUUUACGGUGAAUUGUUUGUUUUCUUUAACUGCAUUUCUGUUGGCACAAAUAUCUCAAGAUCCCUAUUUAGUGACGUUAUAUUUAUAAUGUAUCUCCGCGUUGUCGUGUAUGGAUUAUAUACAUGCUCAAAAAUUGUCUAGAGUUUCG